CCCGCCGCUACUGACCCCCUCCAUGGCGAUGGAGGCGGGCGCCGCCGCAUCACUCCGCUCCCCCCUCAACUCCUCUUCUACCAAUGAAUAGCUCCACCGCCGCCGCCCCAUACCUCCGCUCCUCCCAUGAACUCGUCUUCUCCGGCCGCCUCCAUCCCGUCCGUUGAGCGGCUGGUGUCCGGCGAGAUCUGUGGCGAACCGCAUGAUCACGUCCAUGUCCGUGAGGAGGAGAAGGGCGGCAGUCCGGCUCGGAAGAAGGAGCAGGACGGCGGCCAGAAUAAGCAGAAGAAGAGCCAGAAGAAGCUGGACGACCAGAAGCUCAAGCAAGUGGUGAAGGAAAUACUCGUGAUGCCGUUGUUUAGGGAUGAUUCAUUUCUCUUCGGGUGGAGAGAAGUUGAGGCCUGGAAGAACCAUGGUGAUCUGCUGUCCUGCCGAGCAAGGAAGAAGGUCUUGUGUUGGGCGCAUGUGGACCUGGAGGUGCUUACCGGUACUUCUGUUGGGUAA